AGCGACUCCAAAAAUCUCCUGCGCAGAUUCGUCGAUGAUUCUUCAGGCACGAGACACUGCAUCUCUAGUCUUACAGUCGUAUCCCCCAGAUCAUGGCGUACAGCAACUCAGACCGUACUUCUACGUGUUGAAGAGUCAGACUCGUAUCAACCCAAUGUGCCGCACUUCCACCCUCAACUGCCAUCUCUGACCAAGCAUUGAAGUGCCCGCUGGUACCGCUAUCCACCACCAUCCUCCUCUGCCUUGCGCCAGAAUGGCAGCACCUCGAGCGUUGCCUCGAAUAACGACCAAUAGCCUCCCUCUCCCAACCCGAUUAAUCCAGCCGUCGCGUAUACGCUCCUACCUUCUGCGUCUCCCGCUUUUCACCCGCCUGAUCCUCGUCGCAAUAGUAGCCUUUUGGCUCCUCGAACUGCAGACCGUCUGGAGUGUGGUAAAAUGGGGCUCACUGGAACCCAAGGAAAUCAACCUGGGCAGCAUGUACAGGCUCAACACAUUUGUCUUGAUACACACGGGGUUCUGGCAUAUGUUAAUCAAUACCAUCUGCCUUAUGCCUUUACUAGAGAGGUUCGAGGCUGAAUUUGGCACGUUGAAUAGCAUUGCCUUGUUUAUGGGCCCGUUGGGACAAAUACCUGCGGUGUUAUAUCUGUUGUUGGACGGUGUCAUCCUCAGAGACAAUACCCCAGUCCUCGGGGCCAGUAUCUGGGUGUUCCUCCUUCUUGCGGCCGAGGCAAUUAAAACUUAUCGAGCGAACCCAUAUCUGGAGAUCGCUGACCAAAAGAUCCCCACUUGGAUAUCGCCAUUAGUGAUACUGGUCGUGACGUCCAUACUGAUUCCCAGUGCUUCCUUCCUUGGACACCUCAGUGGGUGUAUAACAGGAUAUUUAUGGGGCCUGGGCUAUAUCCGUUUCCUCGCACCUCCGGAGAAAGUCCUUCGCUGGAUCGAAGGCAAACUCAAUCUGCUUGGACGAUUACCACACUAUGUGUCUGUGGAUCAGAAGACCUAUGGGCGCUACGGCGUUCUUCCCACGAGUUCAGCCAGCGGACCAGAAGGUCAUAUGAGUCCUAUUGGACUUGGUUGGAUGGGCACCAGCAGUGAUGGGCAGAGACUUGGGCCAUGACCAUCUGCCGGCCUUUGGAACGCUUUUGACCUCUCGAAAAUUGCGUUAGAGCACGCAGAACCCUGGACGGUUGGAUCAACCCCACGUUGGAUAAAUGGAGCGUCAUGUCUGUGGACAGGUUGCUCGAUGUACUAGUAGCCAUAUUUGCCGAUGGUUUAAUGAAGACAACUAUUUGUGACUCUAAGAUA